AUGACUACUCAGAUGAAGUGGUCUGAUAAAUUUAUGUCAUUAUUUAAUGAGCUUGUGUCAGAGACGAGUCAAACACAAAACGACAUUAUAACAAAGAAACUUCAUGAUUUUGUACUUAUAGUAGUAAGAGAUUUUCAAGGAGAUGGAGUAUCUACAUUUAUCAAUGAAAUAUCUUCAGACCUUUUAGCAGUCCUUAAAAAACCAGAGGUAAGUGAAAAACAAAAUAAUGCAGUAAUUAAUCUUAUUGAUUUCUUUAUUACUUCUGAUAUUGAUGAUUCUUAUCCUCGAACUAAUGCCAAAGAUAUAAUUGAUUGUAUUAUGAAAUCAACUAAUCAAAAUGUUAUUCGAAAUGCAUCUUUAGUAUUAGGAAAAAUUAUUCGAUUAGGACCACAUGAUUUAGUAGAGAAAGAAUUAGACAUUGCUAAUAGUUAUUUAGAAGUUUGUUAUUUUAAAUAA